AUGGAUUUGCUGAAGAGUUAUGGUGAAAGCGGUGAUGAGAGCUCGUCGGAUUCUAUGGAUGAAAGUCUAGCAAAAUCGGUGGUUCCUGGAGAGUGCAAGUCUUUAUCACUUGGUAAAUCCUUUUUAGAUGUUGCACCAUGUGUAGCAACAAAGCACGAUGUCGGUGGGGUGUCUUGCGUUGUUCCAGUUGAUAAUCAAUUAAUGUACAAUCCGAAAUUUGAGGACCUGUUUCAGCCUGAGGCAGGACCGAGUAACCCCUUCAAAUCUGAAAACCAAAGAGCAAAAAAAAAUAUGCUCACUGGAUUUGUAGAGCCAGCUCACGUGAACAGUUUCCAGUUUGAACAACAGAUUCGAUCUUUUGAUACUCUUGGGUAUGCACGUGAUCCUACAGCUACGCAAGGCACGAAAUAUGUUGGUGAUGUUGAAAAGGCAAGAAAGAAGCAAGGCGCAAGCUUGUUUGAAGGUGAGAAAACCGGAGGUGAGAAAAGGAAACGUAUCCGAAAUAUGGACUCUAGCGACGUUGAUGGAUACACAGGGCCAUGGGCAAAAUUUGAAGACGAGGUAACUGUUGCAAGACCUGAUCCAGAACUCGCUAAGGAACUUGAGGAAAUUGUUAAAAAGAGACAAAAAAAUAGUAGAGCUGGUCGUAAGGCUGCUGAACAACAACAGGGAGUUGUUGAAGAGUCGUCUACGCUUCACUUGAAAGAGCCGCAAGAUUACCAGGGGAGAUCAUUUAUGCACGCUCCACAGUACAUUGGAGUCAACCUUCGUGAGGAUCAUGUUCCUGAAAGAUGUUACAUACCGUCGAAUUUAGUUCAUGUGUAUAGAGGACACACGAAAGGCAUCAAUUGUUUGAGGUGGUUCCCAAAAAGCGCUCAUUUAAUUCUCAGUGCAUCUAUGGACAACAAGGUCAAAUUAUGGGAAGUGUAUGGCAAGAAAGGUGUCGUGCGUACUUACCUUGGUCAUAAAAUGUCGGUUAAAGAUAUAGCUUUCAACAAUGAUGGGACAGAAUUUCUUUCAGCUUCUUUUGACCGGUUUAUAAAGUUGUGGGACACGGAAACUGGACAGGUUAAGCAACGAUUUCACACUGGGCACAUACCAUUUUGUGUCAAGUUUAAUCCCGAUGAUGAUAAGCAAAAUAUGUUUCUUUCCGGAAUGCAAAAUAAAAAAAUUUUACAGUGGGAUACUCGAACUGGGGAAGUGGUACAGGAGUACGACAGGCAUUUGGGGAUUGUUAACUCAAUAACUUUUUUCGAUAAGAAUCGACGCUUUUGUUCAACAUCCGACGAUAAAUCCAUACGGAUUUGGGAGUGGUUUAUACCGGUUGAUACAAAACUGAUACAAAAUGCUGGCCUGCACUCUAUACCAACCAUGACGAAAUCACCAACAGAGAAAUGGAUUGUUGGGCAGUCUAUGGACAAUCGUAUUGUUCUCUUCCAGCUGAUUGAUGACAAAUUAAGAUUUGCCAAGAAAAAAGCAUUCAGGGGACAUAAUGUUGCCGGAUACGCCUGCUCUGUUGACUUCUCUCCAGAAAUGAGUUUCCUUACUUCUGGCGACGCUGAUGGCAAAGUGUUUAUAUGGGAUUGGCGGAACCACAAGACGGUAGCACGUUGGAAAGCUCAUGAUGAAUGUGUAAUCUCAACUUUAUGGCAUCCUCAUGAGACGUCUCGUAUAAUUACUGGUAGUUGGGAUAGCCUAAUAAAGAUGUGGGAGUGA